AUGGGGAGUCGCCGGAUCUACCUGUUCCGAGGGCAUUUGGCAAUGUUACAGCACCUCUCAGGGGAAGGGAGGGCUGAGGAAGAAGAGGGUGUUUCCCGCGUUAUCGAACGAGGCGAACGAUGUCGCCGGUUGCCCGUCGCUGGAGCCUGGAAAGGAGCUGAUGAGCCGGGGCCGGAUCCCCGUCAAAUCGGCGGGCUCCGCACCGCCAGCCUCUCCGGGGGCCGCUCCCGAGUAUUAGUUAAUAUUGGCAACCAUUUUGAUCUUGCUUCCAGUAUAUUUGUAGCACCAAGAAAAGGGAUAUAUAGUUUCAGUUUCCACGUGGUCAAGGUCUAUAACAGACAAACCAUCCAGGUAAGUUUAAUGCAAAACGGCUAUCCAGUGAUUUCAGCUUUUGCAGGGGAUCAGGACGUCACCAGAGAAGCAGCCAGCAAUGGGGUCUUGCUCCACAUGGAAAGAGAAGACAAAGUGCAUCUCAAACUGGAAAGGGGUAACCUCAUGGGAGGGUGGAAAUAUUCAACCUUUUCCGGCUUCUUAGUCUUUCCACUAUAA